AUGCAGUUCUCCGCCGUCAUUCUCCUUGGCCUCGCCAGCGCAGUCUCUGCCAGACCAUUCAACUGGCUUGACCUGUUCGGCUUCGAUAGCAGCAGCUCGCUGCCCCUCCCAACUGCCACUGGUAUCCCAACCGGCACGGGCACCCAAAUUACCCUCACUCCCACUGGCACUGGCACCGGCAUUCCUACUGGAACCGGCACCGGGAUCCCAAUCCCAACCGGCACUGGUACCCUGCCAUACCCAACCGGCACCGUCACUGACACCGUCGUUCCAUCUGGCACCUACCACUGGCCAACCACCAUUCCAACCCCUUACAUUUAA